UUUUGUGGCAAAACAUAAUAGCUUGACUACCAAGCCUAAGCAUAUACAAUAGUCCUAUAAAUUGAAGGACCUUCUCUACAACAGUUCAACUUUUCAAUUUAAACAGAUAGAGAGAAAGAAAGAGAGACCCCCACCCAAAAAAAAAAAAAAAAAAAAAAAAAAUCUCAAAGAUUUAACGAUGGAGAUAGGAAGUAAUUGUGAUAAUGAGGCUCAAAUCCCAAUUCUUCAUUUUCCAAAGGAGAUUGUGGGAUUAUUGGAGCAAGGGAGAAGUAGUAGUAUUUGUAGUAGUAAUAGUGAGAAAUGGAAAGGAAUGAGUGGGAAAAUGAGAGAGGCGUGUGAGAAUUACGGUUGUUUUAUUUUGAAGUGUGAGGAAAUCCCCAUGAUCAUGAGUACUAGUGCUUUACGUGAACAAAUGUUCAUGGCAUCAAAGGCUUUGUUUGAUCUCCCUGAAGAGACCAAGCAGAAGCACACCAGCUCCAAGCCCUACCGGAGCUACACCGGCAACUGCCCCGUGAUCCCGCUAAGCGAAAGCUUCGGGAUCGACGUCAACGGUUCUAGCUUCGACACCGUUACGGCCUUCACUAACCUCAUGUGGCCCCAAGGAAACAAGGGUUUCUGUGAGAGUGUGAGCUACAUGGGGAAGAAGAUGUUGGAACUGUGUUUCAUAAUCCUGAGAAUGAUGUUGGAGAGUUUGGGCAUGGAAAAGCACUAUGACUCCCACGUGGAGAGCACGAGCAGCGUUUUGCGACUGAUGAAGUACCGAGUUGGACCGGCCAACGGCGACUCAGCCCAACUCGGCCUGGUGGCUCACACCGACAAGAGUGCCCUCACCAUUCUAUGCCAAAACGAAGUGCAAGGUCUUGAGCUUCUCACCAAACAAGGCACUUGGCUUCAACUCAAAAUCCCCGAGGCAUCUUUCGUGGUCUUUGUUGGUGAUGCACUUAAGGCGUGGAGCAAUGGGAGACUUCAUGCAGCAACGCACAGGGUGAUCAUGAAAGGGGAUAAAGAGAGGUAUAGUUGUGGGCUAUUCUUAGUGCCAAAGGAGGAAGCAACAAUUGAAGUGCCACAAGAAUUGAUCGACAAGGAACACCCUUUACUUUAUCGUCCCUUCAAAUUCUCAGAUUAUUUCUCCUACUUUGUCUCCAACACUAGUGAUGAUGCGCUUGAAAUCUAUGCUGGCCUAUGAUAUGAUCUUGAUGAUCAUCAUAUUUGAUUGUGAUAUAUAUAUAUAUAUA